AUGACAAUAACGCUAGGACAGGCAAUUUGGGCAUCCGUGAAACCCAUCAUAAAGAUCUAUCUGAUCAUCGGAAGUGGAUUUCUUUUGUCGAAAUUGAAUAUUUUAUCAGCGGAAGGAAUUAAAUGCAUUUCAAGCAUCGUUUUAACACUUCUGUUGCCAUGCCUGUCAUUCAAUAAAAUUGUUGGAAACAUCGAAGAUCAAGACAUAAAACAAGUGGGCAUUGUAUGUCUUACCUCGGUCUUAAUAUUUGGCACGGGUAUAUUCUUCGCAUUCGUGGUACGUUUGUUUUUCCCUGUGCCGAAAAAAUGGCGGGGAGGUAUUCUGGCCGGAGGAAUGUUCCCAAACGUUAGCGAUCUGCCGAUCGCUUAUUUGCAAACGAUGGACCAGGGUCUCAUUUUCACCCAGGAAGAAGGUAACAAGGGUGUGGCGAUCGUUAUCAUUUUCCUCACUAUGUUUCUGAUUGCGAUAUUUAAUUUGGGUGGCUUCCGGCUGAUAGAGCAGGACUUCAAGUACUUCGACGAGGAAAGCGCCAUUCGGGAGACAAAGAGCGAAGAAAAUUCGGGGUCGGAUGCAGAGGUCAGCGGUUGUACAGCGGAUGGCUCGCCUGCGGCCCCUGGCGGGGCGCUCAGCUCGUACAAUUGCGAUGAGAAUCACAAAAGGACGCCAAGCCUGGCCUCAGUGACGCCUGAGGAAUCACAUAGCCAGAGCAUCGACUCCAAUUACCCUCGACCUCUACAAAACGAUUAUGACUCUCAGUCCAUGCAUCGCAGACGUGAAUCGAAUGCUAGCUCUGCCCGCACUUCCGGAUCACAGGAGGCAGCGUCAAAUAACGUCUCAGAACUGGUGCGACAGUACUCGAACGUUGAUCAAUUCGGACGUAGGCAAAGCGUAUCGCAUCACUCGCAGCAAGGUUUAAACAGACGAUCCUCGAGACUUGAUAGAGUGCGGAGCUCGAGUUUGGUACGGAUGGUGACUUCAGAUGUAAAUGUCAACACUAAGGAUUUUGAGGAUUCAGGCAAAUCGCUUCCUAAGUGGCUGCACAAACUGUCCCCCACACGCUACAUUGUCUUUUUCUUGAAAAACUGCUUGAGACCCUGUUCGAUAGCUGUUAUUUUGGCGCUUAUCAUUGCAUUUGUCCCAUGGCUUAAGGCACUUUUUGUGACCACUCAUAAUACACCCAAGAUUAAGCAAGCGCCCGACGCUCAGCCGGCUUUAUCGUUUCUAAUGGACUUCACAUCCUAUAUUGGUGCAGCUUCGGUGCCUUUUGGUCUUCUUCUUUUGGGAGCAACUUUGGGACGUCUUAAAAUUGGCAAGCUUUAUCCUGGGUUUUGGAAAAGCGCAGGCCUUCUGGUCAUUUUGAAGCUUUGCGUCAUGCCAAUCUUUGGCGUGCUGUGGUGUGACAGACUUGUCAAGGCGGGCUGGGUCAAUUGGGAUGACGAUGCGAUGCUUCUGUUUGUCAUCGCGAUCGAUUGGGCCCUUCCCAGCAUGACCACGCAAAUAUACUUCACUGCUGCGUACACCCCCGCGGAAGCUCUGGACACAGUGCAGCUUGACUGCAUAUCGUUUUUUUUGAUGAUACAGUAUCCUCUCAUGGUUGUGUCCCUACCAUUUUUGGUAACCUAUUUCCUCAAAGUGCAAAUGAAGGUUUGA